CACACAAAAUCUGAGUUUAUCAGAGAGCACAAAGUUGUAGCCAUGAUUUCAUCAUAUUUUCCAAAUUUUGUGGCAAUUUUUGCACUCCUUGUCCUGAGUGUUGGUGCACUGGAGACUUUUAUUGCUGCAGUGUAUGAGCAUGCUGUGAUUCUACCAAACAGAACAGAAACACCUGUUCCAAAAGAAGAAGCUUUGCUCCUGAUGAAUAAGAACAUAGAUGUGUUGGAGAAAGCAGUUAAACUGGCAGCCAGGAAGGGUGCGCAUAUCAUUGUGACUCCAGAAGAUGGUGUUUAUGGCUGGGUUUUCACAAGGGAGACAAUUUAUCCCUAUCUGGAGGAUAUCCCAGACCCUGAAGUGAACUGGAUUCCUUGUAGAGACCCCAAGAGGUUUGGCUACACUCCAGUGCAAGAAAGACUCAGCUGCCUGGCUAAGGACAAUUCCAUCUAUGUUGUGGCAAACAUUGGAGACAAAAAGCCGUGCAAUGCCAGUGACCCUCAGUGUCCCCCCGAUGGCCGUUACCAAUACAACACUGAUGUGGUGUUUGAUUCUGAGGGGAGGCUGGUGGCCCGCUACCAUAAGUACAAUCUCUUUGCAACUGAAAUUCAAUUUGAUUUCCCCAAGGAUUCAGAAUUUGUGACUUUUGACACUCCCUUUGGGAAGUUUGGCAUUUUCACUUGCUUUGACAUUUUUUCUCACAAUCCGGCUGUGAUGGUGGUGGAUGAAUUUCAAGUUGACAGCGUUCUCUACCCCACGGCCUGGUACAACACGCUGCCCCUUCUCUCAGCUGUUCCCUUCCACUCAGCAUGGGCCAGGGCCAUGGGUGUGAACCUGCUCGCUGCAAAUACCCACAACACCAGCAUGCACAUGACAGGGAGUGGAAUCUAUACACCAGAGGCGGUCAACGUGUAUCAUUAUGACAUGGAAACAGAGAGUGGCCAGCUGCUGCUGUCAGAAUUAAAGUCUCGGCCUCGGGGAGAGCCCACUUACCCUGCAGCUAUUAACUGGAGUGCUUAUGCCAGAGGUGUCAAGCCACCCACAUCUGAGCAGUCAGAUUUUCGGGGGAUGAUUUAUUUUGAUGAGUUCAUCUUCACUGAGCUUAAACAAAAUGCAGGAAAUUACACAGUUUGCCAGAAAGACCUGUGUUGUCAUUUAACUUAUAAGAUGUCCGUGAAGAGAACAGAUGAGGUGUAUGCAUUAGGUGUCUUUGAUGGACUGCACACAGUAGAAGGCCAAUAUUAUUUACAGGUCUGCACAUUAUUGAAGUGUCAAACCAUGGACCUGAGAACUUGUGGGGAGCCUGUGGGGUCAGCUUUUACCAAAUUUGAAGAAUUCUCCCUCAGUGGCACAUUUGGAACGAGUUAUGUUUUCCCACAGAUGGUUCUCAGUGGCAGUCAGCUUGCCCCUGAGGGACAUUAUGAGGUUUUAGGAGAUGGACGUCUGAGGAGCUGCAGCGGAGUCCCUUUGCCUGUCUUGGUGAUGGCCCUGUAUGGAAGAGUGUUUGAGAAGGAUCCUCCGCGCUUAGGGCAGGGACCCGGGAAAUCGCUGUGAUUCCUUUCACCAACACCCUUUCCGGGUUAGCCUGGUAAAGAGGUGGGGGGGGAGACUUAAUUUAGAAGAGAUGUCAUAAAUUUGCUGAAACAAAGAAAUUAAAAUUUAAAAACAAUGG